UAUUUAGACGUAGCGGAUGGAGUCCAGUAAAUUGAAGUGCAUUUUGUGCAAAAAGUAUCCCACGGGGGAUAUAUACGAAUGCAGUAAUCGUCACGUAGGAUGUUUACUCUGCGUAAACGAUAAGCGUGGACGACCUUGCGUGUGUUGUCGACCGUUCAACCGCAGGAAGCAGAAUCCAAUCGAGAAGUUGGAAAAGCAAACUAAAAUUCCUUGCGAUUUCAAGGAGUCCGGAUGCACUUGGCUGUUCGAAGCAUCCCAGUUGGACAACCAUUUGGAAGAGUGUAAAUUUCGUCCGUAUCGGUGCAUUCUCGAUGAGCUGGACGUAAAACCAUGCAACUGGACUGGACAACAGCACGAAGUGGAAGAACAUCUGGAGAAGGACCAUCGGGAACUAGGAACGCCUUUCAGCUACUUCCAAGAAGCAGUCAAGAUCGCCUUCAUCGCGAACAAACCCAAAUCCGUUGUCAAACUGAUUGAUGCUUUCAGCAAAGAUUUCCUCUUCUUCUAUCGGGCGUGUCUUGAAAGACGCACGCUCUGUUUCAUGAUCAUCUACUUUGGUCGACGCGUUGAAGCUCAGCAGUACUAUUACGAGUUGGAUAUCCGAUCCCCGACGAAAACCGGCGUUCCUCGCAUGAAGUUCGUCCAGCAGUGUGUGGCCGACUGCGAAGACUUCGAACAAAUGAUGGAACAGGAAAGCAACUGCGUCGCCAUUUCGUUCAAUACCAUCAAACACUAUCUGGGCGAAGGGAAUGCGCUGUCGUUUCGAUUCAUCGUGAAAAAAGCGGAAAAAGACGCGAAUAAGGCGGUGGUGGCGGCGGCGGCUCGAGAGCGCAGUAUCUCUGAUCAAGGAAGCAAACCCUCGCCGGAGAAUAAGGGAACGAAGGAAAGACGUAGAUAUACAUCUGGAUCAUCACUUGAAGAUCCACCGUUGCGAGCGGAAUCGACGAAUUAUGAGUAUCCGAUUUUUUGAGAAUAAAGACACAUUUUUCGAGUACAAAA